AUGUCAUUUGAGCCAUCGCUUGACGACCCUAGAUUUAGUCGGGAAUUUCGUCUCCCCGGAAACACCAUCGAAGGCCGAGCCGAUGCAUUCAAGAUUACAUACGCCGAUUAUGGCUAUCGCAACGAGGAGAAUCCCCAUGAGGAGAACGUCUUCCUGUUCUUCCCUCCCCUCUUAGGCAGCCGCUGGAUGCAUACGGCCAAGGAUCACAUUGCCAAACAGCACAAAAUUCGCAUUAUCAACGUCGAGCGGCCCGGGUACGGCGGCACCGACGAGGUGGAAGUACAAGACAGGCUCCAAGUCUGGCAGGCUGCGAUACCGGCACUCCUGGCACACUUGAGCAUCAAGUACGUCUCGGUCGGCUGCCAUAGCGCUGGCACCGUCUACGCGCUCGACUUUAUCCUGCACCACCCCCAGCUCCUGCACCCGGAGCGCGGGUACCUCGCCAUCGCGGGGCCGUGGAUCCCGCCCACGCAAUCGGGCGUCAUCUCCAUGCGCAUCGCCCAGAGCCUUCCUGCCGCCGUCAUCGGCCAGUCCGAGACGUGGGCGCGGUUCAUGAAGAGCACCGUCAACCCGGCCCUCGGCGUCGGCGUCUCCGCCGUCUCAAGCCUCUUUGGCGUAGUCGCCCGCAGCAUCGGCGCGGUCACGACGCCGGCCGACGCCGACCCCGACGCCGCCGCGGAGACGGACGGCGACAUGGAGAUGCGGCUGCGCCCGACGCUCAUCUCCAAGGCAUACGGCGAGAACCUACAGGGCAUGGGCGUCGACGCCGUGCUCAUGAUGCACGCGGGGGCCGGCGGCUGGAGCGACUGGGGUGACUAUGAGGCGUACGUGCCGCGGCUGGUUGAGGCGCUGCGCGCGGCGGGCCGCCAGUUGACGGUGGACGCGUUCCACGCGGAGACGGACUCGAUGGUGGGCGACUACGGCGAGCAGGGCCCGGCAUGGUUCGAUGCCUGCUGGGCGCGGGAGCGCUGCGGCGACGGCGUCAUAGCGUACAGCACGAGCGGCGUCGAGGGCGCCGACCACGACCUGGUGUGGGGCAUCAAGUUCGGCGUCCCGGGGCAGGUAUUUGCCAAGAUUGCCCUCAGGGAGGGACAGGAGAUCAACACGCCAAAGGACCCGGCUGUCGAAUCAGAGAAACCCGCUGCUGUGUCGGAAGACUCGCUCGUGGAGAUAGAGAAGCCGGCUGCCGCUUCAGAGGAGCCGGUCGUGCAGUCGAAGCCGGUCUUGGAGACAGAGUUCCAAGUCGUUGAGCCUGAGAAAUCGGUCGCGGAACCAAAUACGACGGUUGUCGAGCCGGAGCACACGGUCGUGGGACAAGAAAGUUCGGCCGCGGAGCCGGAUAAGCCUGCUGCCGUUGAACAAGAGAGGUCGACUCAGGAGCCGGAGACCCCAGCUGUCGAGUCAGAGAAGUCGUUUGUGGAGCUAGAGAGGCCGACCGCGGACUCGGAGAAUCCGGUUGCGAAGCCGGAGAACCCAGUCGCCGAGAGCUAG